CGAUCGCCACCGCUCGAGAAGCCGACGAGCCUGCGGACCUCCCAGAGCCCACACAUGGGCCACCGCCAGAGCUUCGCGGAGAACCUGCGGGGCAAUCCGUCCUCGCCGCGAGCUCGCAGACAGCCGUCUUUCUCUCAGAAUGCUCUGCAAGACCUUUUGAACAACCCGCCAACCAAGGCUGCAGCUCCAGAGUUUGUGGGGAGGGACUGGAGGUCUAUCCAGGUGGGCGAGGUUGUGGAUCACAAGCAGGUGCGCUUCGUGCAGUACGACACCAGCGUAGAAGAGACGACCAAUGCACUUAUCACCGCUGGUCCCCCUAAUGUGGUCCUCAUCCGCGACUCUCCUGAGUCACACACCGCCGUCGGAACUUUCGACUACAAUGAUCUGAAUGCCUACCUCCUACUCGUCGUAGGGCUCGCGAAACCCAGCGAGGAAGAUGCAGAGUCUGUGGACAAAGUUCUGACAAAAGCAAGAGAAGGGAAGCCCAUCGCUCUCCGAGAGGUCAAAGAUCUAGGGAAGAAAGAGCCGUUGAUUGUACUACCGCAUACCGCCGACCUCAAGAAAUCAAUGGAGCUCUUUGGUAGCGGGAUCCAUCGGAUCCUGGUCGUGAAAGAGGGCACAACGGAAGUCAUUGGCAUUUUGUCACAGCUCAGAUUGGUCAAUUUCUUCUGGGAGAACAGGAAAAGCUUCCCAGCUAUUGAUCAGCUGUACCCGAUGUACAUCAAGGACUUGAACUUAGGCUCGCACACGGUGUUCGCAAUCAACGGAGACAAGCCUCUCACGGACGCCCUGGAACUCAUGAACAACGAGGGCAUCACCUCUCUUCCAGUUCUCGACGCCCAGAAUAAUGUCAUUGGCAACAUAUCUCAUGUGGAUGUCAGACUUCUCACGAAAUCAACCUCAAUCCACCUCCUCAGCUCCUCUUGUAUCCACUUCAUCUCCGUCAUCCUCUCCGAGCGCGGCAUGAACGACGGCAAAGACUCGUUCCCAGUCUUCCACAUAAACACAAUGUCGACGCUAGCUCACACAGUCGCCAAGCUCGUUGCAACGCGCUCACACCGCAUGUGGAUUGUCGAUCAACCCUCUCCGGCCUCCUCAGGCCCCCCAACUCCUGCCGCUACCCCGGCCGUCCUCGUUCCCCCAUCUCCCAUCACGCCCCUUCCAUCCGCCGCAAGCAGCUACCAACCCUUCCCUUCGCCAACCUACCCACCCGCUCAACCUGCCCCCGCCAUCUCUGCCUCUGCUAUUACAGGCGCCAGCAUGUCCGGUCGUCUGUGCGGCGUCGUCAGCUUAACGGAUGUCCUGAACCUGUUCGCAAAGGCCAGCGGAUUGAAGCCGCACGACCCCGACGAGACGCGAAGAGCACGCCGGCGCAGCUCGAGUAGCAGCAUGCGGAAGAGCAUAGAUAGCUCACGGAGCGGAAGCGUGGAUGUCAUAGGGAGGCGGGGGAGCGCGAGCGGGGGGGUCUCUGGACCUGGGAUUAUCAGGGGGAGGGGA